AUGAAUAAUGAUAUAAAUGAAAAAGAAAGUGAAAUUGAAUCAACAAAUGAUUAUGAUAUUUUAGAAAUUGUGCGUACAUUUCAAGAAUCUAAUCCAUCAGAAUGUUUAAUCAUUCUUCAAGCAUUUCUUCGUCUAAUCAAUCAACACGAAUAUUCUGAUGAUUUUAUUCAAUAUCAGUUAGAUAUUCUUAAACGUUUCUCUUUAUCAUUAUCACCAUCUAUUCCAUUACUUUUUGAAAUUCUUAAACAACUUAUACCAUCGUCAGAAUUAAUUUUAUCAUUCAAUACAAUUAGAGAAUUAAUUGUUAAAUCAUUUAUUAACCAAUUUCGUAAAGACACUCAAAAACAGAAAUGGGGUGGUAAUGGAGAAAAAAUUUAUUCAUUAGGAUGUUUAUUAGAGCGAUCCUUAAAACUAUAUUAUAGUAAUGAAAAUUUAAUAAAAAAUACGAUUAAUAUAUGGAAUUCAAUUGUUCUUCAUCUGUUUGAACCAUUAAUUGAUGAAUUAAAUGAAUAUUUAAAAAAUAAAUUCGAUAAACAACAGCAACAAUAUUCAUCAUUAAGUUAUCUUAUUAAAUCGUUAGGCAAACUUUGUGAACAAUUAAAUAAAAUUGAUGAGAAAAAACAUUGUAUGAUAAUUAAUGAAUAUUUUUCGGAUAUUAUUCUUGCUGUUCUUCAUCAACGAAUUGAUUUGAUAUUAAAUAAAAAAAUUUUUGAUCAAUUUGAUUCAUUUGAUAACCUAGAAGAAUAUAAAUGUUCAAGAAGAAAUUCUGUCUUUUUUGUUUGUCCUGAGAUAAGAAAACUACUUCUAUUCUUUGAUGAUGCAAGAAUAUCUAAACAUUCGUCUAAUUUAAUAAAAAAAUGUAAUGAAAAACUUGAACAAUUACUAGAAAAAGCUUCUAACAUUUUUCAUAAUUAUCCUUCAUCAACAUCUCUUGAACAUUGUAUUUGUUUAAUAUCAUGUUUAUCAAGUAUUGAAAUAUUAUUUUAUCAUGAACAAUUUCAAUAUUUUUUAUAUAAUUUCUGUCAAUUUAUUUUAACUUAUUGGCAAAUAAAUUUAUUACAUGAUUGUGAUGCUAAUGAUUGGUUAAAUACAAAAACCUAUUUUGAAAAUAAACGUUAUUCAGUUUAUAUUGAUACAUUAUUUUAUCAUUUUAAUCGUUUUCAUUUAUAUAUAAAACGAUAUUGUCCAAGUUUGCUUUCAAUUAUUAUUCCAUUUAUGUUACUUGAAUUAAUGAAUUUUAUUUAUCAUCGUUAUGCAUCAAUUAAAAUAUCAUAUGCUAGACAAAAUCAAUAUAAAAUUGAUCUUCUUGCUUUGCUUGUACAUUCAAGUCAAUAUACUCAUUACUUUAUUAAUAAAAGAAAUGCAAUAAAACAAUAUUUAUUAUUUAACAAUGAUAAUAUUGAGUCAAUAUUUUUCGAGUAUGGUAAUAGAAUUUUAGCAGCUAUUGUGCUUGUUACUUGUCCAUGUGAUCUUUUAUAUGAACAAUUACAAAAUAUUGUUCAUCGAUCGACAAGAGUACUACCGAAACUUAAUUGGUUAACUAUUAUUCGACCUGAUUGGUUUGAUGUAAACUAUGAAAUGCGAUCACAAGUUCAAACAUUUUUAACUAUAGAAAAUAUAGUUACAACACAACAAAAUAACUUUCCUAUUGACAAACUAGUAACAAUCGUUAUUGAAAAUUCUGAAUUAGAUUCAUAUCGACCAGCAAUGAUCCAUCUGAUUAUGCAAUGUGAACAGUGGGAAUUGAUUAAUUUAUUUGUCAAAAAUGAACAUGAUUGGUCAUUUUUACAUAAUCAAUCAACCCAAUUACCCGAAUGGUUAUCUACAAUGAUGGAAUAUUCGAAAGAAUUUUUGGCUAAAUGUUGUUCUAUAUGUGCAGAUGAAAAAGAAAUUGAAUGGCGAUUGAAAAUUCAACAAAAAAUUGGCUUUGAACAACCAUAUGAUGAAAAAUUAAAUUAUUUAAAAUCACUUCAACAAUAUAUUGCAAAUAUUCCUUUAUAUUUUUAUCAUUUACUUUGUGCAAUAAAUCAAAAUCAACCCCAAUUCAAUAAACAAUUCGUCAAUUUUUGCUCGUUUACUUUACAAUUAUAUGAUCGAUCAUAA